AUGCUUUGGCGAAACGAUGCUCAAUGUCCGGCCACAUCUUUACAGCAAUGGCUGAACAGCAAGCCAGAACAAACAGACAAGCGAUAUGGGGGUGACCUAACGAAAGACCCACAGGCCUGGCGAAAUAGAUGUCACAAGCUAUCGGGUGAGAUAAAAGCUGAUCCCAUGCGCCGACCUCCUUUCCUUGUGAGGACGGAUUGGCGUACGGCGAAAUUCCAAGGCUAUUUGAACGUCGGGGUUUCGGGGCGUUCGUUUAAUGAUUUCAUCGACCACAAAGUUAAACAGGAAUGGGGAGAGUCGGCAUCCCUAAUGGACACCACUUUGAGUACGGAAGCUUUUGGAGAGCUCGUUGUAUACUCUCACACGUCCGGAAGUCUGGGAAUAAGAGGAGUUUAUCAUGUUCACGAACUUCCGGGGCAUUCCUUGGUGGGCAAGCGUGUCAAGCAGAAUAGACCGAUCAACCAAGUCAGAAGCGCCUUGGAAAUCAAGGAACACUACAAUUGUGGGUCGCUUCAGUGCUUCGUUGCAGAUCGCUUAGCAUACACUUCGGUGAAUCCAGGCGAUCGGGUAGGAGGACAGUGGGAUCCACAGAUGAAGGGGAUUGAGUCGAUUGUGAAGGCGGCGGACAUGAGUAGCCCAACUCAUGUUAUCGAAACCGUAGAAGCUGGAACCAAUGAGCCUACGGUACACUGUUUAUAG